UCAGGAGGUGAAUGGCCCUCCCCUCUCGCUAGCGCACACACUCACUAGUGAACUUCUCUUUCAUCCGCUACAACCUCAUUUACACCUUUAGGGCUGCAAAGCAGCCACCUCUCUCUCUCUCAGCUGCAACCCCUCUUCUCUCUCUACAAUAGCUCCCUCUCUCCCUCCCGUAUACACCUCUUCUUCUUCCCUAUCUUCACCUCGACUCCAUCCCAGCUGCCUCCUCCUUCCUCCAUGGGAGACCGCUACACCAAUUUCCUCAGAGGCUACUACUCCCACUUCCCUCCCUCCAACCCUUCCCCAUCUGGUGCCUCCUACACCACCAUCACUUCCUUCUCCUCCAGCUACGCCUCCUACCUCCACCCACCUCCCCCAUCCCCUCCGAUCAGGGAAGCCCUCCCCCUCCUCAGCAGCCUCACGCCGUCGUCAACAACCCAGCCGCCGCACCACGACCAACAACAUGACUAUGUCCGAGAUCAGAAGGACCCCUGCAAGCUCAUCACCUCCUUCAGCAACAGCGGCCAAGAUGCGGGUGAGGUCACGGUGGCCUUGCACAUCGGCCUGCCCAGCCCCAGCCCCUCCGAGUCCGCUGCAGCAACGGCAGGUAGUGGAGAGAACCGAGAACCAGCGGCAGAAGGGACGAGCCAAGGAGGGGGAGGUGGAGGAGAAGAGGAGGAAGGGGAAGGGGAGGAUGCUGCCAUGGCGGUGGGGUGCGCGUCCAUCGGGAUCGGGAGGCUGACAAAAGGGCAGUACUGGAUACCCACCCCGUCGCAGAUCCUCAUUGGGCCCACCCAGUUCUCCUGCCCCGUCUGCUACAAGACCUUCAACCGAUACAACAACAUGCAGAUGCACAUGUGGGGGCACGGCUCGCAGUACCGGAAGGGCCCCGAGUCGCUGCGGGGGACGCAGCCGACGGCGAUGUUGCGGCUGCCGUGCUACUGCUGCGCGGCGGGGUGCCGGAACAACAUCGACCACCCGCGGGCGCGCCCCCUCAAGGACUUCCGGACGCUGCAGACGCACUACCGCCGGAAGCACGGCAUCAAGCCCUUCAUGUGCCGCAAGUGCGGCAAGGCCUUCGCCGUGCGCGGCGACUGGCGCACCCACGAGAAGAACUGCGGCAAGCUCUGGUACUGCGCCUGCGGCUCCGACUUCAAACACAAGCGGUCCCUCAAGGACCACAUCCGCGCCUUCGGCCGCGGCCACGCCGCCUGCGGCAUUGACUGCUUCGACGACCUCGACGACGACGACCGCGACCCCUCGUCCGAGGUCGACCACGCCACUACCAACACUAGCACAACUGUCGUCGACCCGGCCGCUGGAGGCAGCGGCGGCGGCAAUGCUCACCACCACUGGAAGCCUCCGUCGAGAGGCUUAGGCGACCGGCCGCUAUAGGUUGAGUACGUACGUGUAUAUGGUACAACAAUCUGUAGCCAACAUGCAACGUAUACUUUGUGUGUGUGACCGUGUGUUGAGGUGUGGCCGGUGAGAGUUUCGUCAGUGCAACAAAGCAAGGGUUAAAGCUCUAAUUGCAACAAAAGCAAUCGAUUAACAUAAAAGCAGGAGGGGUUGACGAUGUAUGCAUAAUGCAUGGUUAAGGUUCUAGUAAUUGUUUGGGUAGCCCGUAGCCUAGCCAGCUUCAUUGUAUGUGUAGACUUGAUCUCGUACAUGGUGAAUGGUGAUAUAUACAGAUUAAUGUUAACUUGAGAGAAAUAAUGCAUCAUGCAUAUGCAUGCAAGUGAUGCA